AUAAUACAUUUUUAAAUUUGUACUAAAAGUUAAUUAUUUAUUUAUUAGUAAAACAUUUUUCAAUUGACAUGUCAAUUUCGUUAUCAAUAUUGUUUUGCAGAUCGUCGUCGACUUCCAAUUUGGCGUUCUCGCAGUUCAUACCUUGACAGCGUGCACAAAAACUGGAGCCCUGUAUGCCAAGUUUUUUGCAACCACAGUUAAAUCGGCAAUCUUUGACACAUUUGCAUGAUAUUAACGUCAGCAAUGACUGUGGUGCAGAGUCUUAAUUCAUACAAAGAAGCAUGAAUCCAUUCUUUGUUGAUUUCCAACCCCAAUGUAGUGGAUUCAGCAUGUGUCCACACCACAAUUGAUUUUGGUAAAAUACUGGCUUCCCGUGUAAUUUUGCAGCAUCAGCAGUUGAUGGCAGACACGCUGGAGUGAACGUGGAAUUUUUCAACUGUUUUAUGAAGUAUGAGAGACGGAGCUUAACCAAACAAGUAUCAUUAAUCUUAGCUCCAUAAUAGCACAAAACAGCCGUGAAACCUUUUCUAUUGCUUCACUUGUUGCGUUUUUAUCUGUGAAUAUUUCCAUUUUUUCUCGAAAAUCGGUGAAAUUUUUUAAAACUUCAUAAACUUCGUUUUUCCGAUAUUAUAAAGUCCAGAAGUGGUAUUGCAACCACUGAAUACGUGUAUAAAGCCAAGUAAAUGUUAACAUUGAGGAUGCAGGAAACUAUUUCUAUUGUACAAUGUUUGGGCUGUUGUGUUGGUACCGGGUUUCAGAACAUAAACGUUUAUAAAUUGUGGUGACUGCAUUGAUAAAAAUACGAGAAGAUCUAUAUCUUGACCGACAAUGAUUAUAUUUUCAUACUGUUACGAUUUCACUAGUGCAGUGGUGAUAAUUAAUACAUCCGCAUCUUCUUCUGCUUGUACAGUAUAAAUAUUUGCGGCAUUCAUCCUCUCAAUAAAAAAUGCAAUGAAUUGUUUUUUAUUAUUUUCAUUGGCGAAAAAUUUAUUUGGUUUUGAUAGAGAUUGGAGAUCUGCCUUUACCUGUAUCCCUGGGCCGACGUGUUUGCUCCGACGUAAACACUCAGCACUUUUCGUUCCUUUUUUUUUGCAGCAUCGUCGGGGUAGCCAUCGAAAACUACUGUGAAAUCGGUAGAAUGCUUUUGAAUGAGUAAUAUACUUGUCACAGAUUUCAGAAAAUGUAUUGGUUGGAUUCCAAACAAUUGCAGUAAAUAUCCGCCAUCAAUAACAUGAGCAAUGUUACUUAAUGAGUCAUCUUGCACAAAUGUGAAGAAAUUGUACAAGUCGAAUUUUUUGGUUUUCUCAUACCGUCAUUGUCAAAUAUUGACAGUGGAUAUGGUGCCAAUUCAUAUUUGAAGUGUUCUUAAAGUUCUAUUUGUGACUCACACAAUGAAUAAGAUAGGCCAAUAUACGGUUAUACCAGGAUCUUAGUGCUACAAUUAUUUUAAUUAUUAAGUUGUAAGAUGAUGAUUCCUCCUUUUUACGAGCCACGUUGUUGGACGUUGAUUGUCGAGAGGGAACGGAAAGGCUCAAAGAAUGAGGAAUAAAUCGUAAAUUGUCAGGUCGAGCGAAUAACAGAGAGGAACGGUAGUUGGGUCAGGAGAAGGAUGUAAUACGAACGUAGCCAAAACACAAUAUAUUUGCUAUCGCAGAUUAUACACUUUAGUACGCGGGAAACGUAAAAGAAAAACUAUCAGAAUGAUAUCUGUACUAUUACACGACGAAAAGGCGAGUCUGCUUCUUUCUCGAUGCCUAUGCAACUACUUUUUUCUUCUUCCUCGCUCUCACCCAAUCACAGGCAAGGAGCCGCUGCGCGCGCAUGAAUACGGCGGAAGGAUACUUCGCAUUUCUUAAGCCCGGUCUACAAUUGCGUAAACGUAGACGUAAGUGGUUGUGAAUUGUUGUAAAUCGCAGUUGUAAGCUGCUGCUACUAGUUGUAAAUUGUGUUGUGAAAGAUGGUUCAACUUUAUCUUUCACGACUACGACUGCGUAAAACGUAAGCGUCAACCAAUGAGAGGGCUGACACGUGUGUUGACACGUGAUCGCGUCAUCAUAAUUCUUGUUGUCUCGAUGCCGGAUGCAUGGAAAUAAAUGAUUAUUAUCUGUGUAAACGAUCUGAUAUUGUUCUCAAAGCUUUUGUGUUUUAUAAUACGAAUAAUAUUAUGGAUAAUAUUAUGGAAGAAGAAUAUAACAAUGCUCAGUUUGAAGACGAAGGUUCGUUGAAUUUGUCUAGAGAAUUGAUUGCGCUGGUAAAAAGUAAAGAGUUUUUAUGGAAGAAAAGGUGUGUUUCAUACAAAGACCAAGAAAUGAAGAGUUUAUGUUGGACGAGCAUCGGAAAUGUCUUGACUCCUGCACUUUCUGGCAAGGAGGUUGAAAAAGAAUUCUAUAAACUGCGUCAAAAAUUCGGCAGGGAAGUAAGAAAAGAAAAAGAAAGCGCCCCGCGAUCAGGAGCUGGUGCAGGAGAACCAACAUAUAUUAGUGACUGGCCUUUGUAUAAGGAUUUAGAAUUUCUGAAAGAUGUGAUUAAACCGAGACGAACAAUAUCAAACAUUGUAAAGAAAGAGAUAAAUCAAAGGCCAAGCGCCUCACCUUCUCCACCAACAAUAAAAAUAGAGAGCAGUCAAUCUUCACCAGCAAUAAAAAUAGAGAGCAGUCAAUCUUCACCAGCAAUAAAAAUAGAGAGCGGUCAAUCUUCAUUACAUUUGUGGAAUUCAGAUUUAGAAAGCAGCCUUUUAUCAGAAUCUGAUGGAGACAAUUCUUUAUCAAACUCAUUACCAUCAUCAUCUUCUUCAAAACGAUCUGUUCCUGCACCAGAUUACUCUUAUGCAAAGAAAAAAAAACUUCAGGAUAAUAUGGCUAUGGCUAUAAAUAAACAUUCAGCUAAUUUAAACACGUUGACAGACAAGAUCACUAAAUGUCUUGAAAGUCCUGCUCCUCCAACUCAACGAAAUCAGUCACCAGAGGAUGCUUUAUUUCUAUCUAUUUCAGCAGCACUGGCAGGAGUGCGACAAGAAAAACGAUUAGCAUGCGUUAUUGAAGUGUUGCAGAUUGUGCAAAAGUAUACCUCAGAAAAAGAAUAA